AUGACAGAAAUGGCAGUGGGAAAAGCCUACCUAGCCGGUGAAAUCCAAGUAGAAGGCGACCUAGGCGCCCUCUUCAACGCACGUGCGAGCCUCGAAGAAAAAGUCCCCCUCCGCCAAAAGAUCCAAUUCAUAUAUGACUUCGUCCGAACCGUGACAAGCAUGAACGCCAAAGCCAUAAAGGCGCACUACAGCCUCGGCGACGACUUCUACCUCAAAUUCCUCGAUACGAAAUACCGCUGGUACACACACGCUCUAUUCCAAUCCCCCGAUAAUACACUCGAGCAAGCAGCCGAGAACAAAAUUGAUUUCGUGUGGAAAGCGCUCGAUCUCAAGGCUGGCAUGAAGAUCCUUGAUAUCGGCGGUGGAUGGGGAGGUGUUACGGAGUUCUGUGGUGCACGCGGUGUACACGUUACGACGUUGACACUUGGUGCCGAUCAGGCUCGGUAUGUGCAGAAGAUACUUGAGGAUGGGGGUCUGCCUGGUCAAGUCUUUCUUGAGGAUUUCUUUGAGCAUAAGCCUGCUGAGCGGUAUGACCAUGUUGUCACGUUUGGUGUUAUUGAGCAUAUGCCCAACUACCGUCGAUUUGCGCGUGGUGUGUGGGAUGUGCUGAAGCCUGGUGGCAAGAUGUAUCUUGAUGGCUCGGCUGCUGUGGAGAAGUUUGCUGUGAGUGCUUUUACGCGGGAGUAUAUCUGGCAGGGAACGCAUACAUUUAUGACGGUUCAGGAUGUUCUUGCUGAGUUUUUGUAUCAUGGGUUUGAGGCUUUGGAGGUUGUUAACGAGAGCAAGGAUUAUGAGCUUACUAUGUUGGAGUGGGCGAAGAGGAUGGAUGAAGCUAAGGAUUUCGUCGUUGCUGGUUGGGGAGAGGAGUGCUAUCGUAUUCAUCGGUUGUACCUGUGGGGCGGAAUGCAUUCGUUCAAGACGGGGUCUUUGCAAGCUUAUCACUUUGUUGCAAGGAAGACUGAGUCUCUUGGGCCGAGACCUUCUCUUCCUAGGAGAGUUCGGCAGUUUUUGGGUAAUCUUCGUUGA